AUGGAGGGCUCUACAGCGCAACAGUCUCGCUGGAUGUCCCCUCUGGCCUUGCUCCCUCCUGAAGACAUGUCCAGCUUUACUACAGAGAUCAGUCUAGCCAGUCCAGACUCUCUCCAGAACCACAGGGCUAAGGCCAGUCCAGACUCUGCCCAGUACCACAGGGCUAAGGCCGGUCCAGACUCUGCCCAGUACCACAGGGCUAAGGCCAGUCCAGACUCUGCCCAGUACUCCCUGCACCAGCCGUAUGACUCAGCAGAGUCUGAGUUCCCCAGCCUGCCUUCAUGCAUCUCCGGCACCAGCCACAGUUGGCCUGCACCACCGUACAGACACAGUCCAGGUCAGUGGGGUAUUUUAGGUUGAUCACCAUUUGUUGUCCUCUGCUAGGUGUAUGUGGCUAGGAUUUAAUCAAUUGUACCUAGCGUGUUUUAUUGGCAUUUGCUAUUUUUGGAAGACUUAAAUACAAUAUUUUCACUGUCUCCGAAAAAAAUCAAAUGAUUCCUCCUAAUCAGCCUUACACUAGCAACUCAGAGACUAACAGUUCCGCUUCUUGUGUUGUUGUGUUCCAGUUGACCAGGUGCACUCUUCAUCCUCCCACGUCAACAGUAGUGUCCAGUGGUUGGAUCAGGGGUGUUCUGGGGGCCAGUCUCUCAGCUCCUCCUCAACCUCCUGGUACAACAGCCCAUUCUCCACCACCAAGAGCCCUCUACACCCACACACCUCCGCCUCCUUCUCCUCCACAACCCCCAUCUCCUCCCUGACCAACCCCAGGGCCGAGCACCACUCCCCGGGGCACGACUGUCAGGAAAGGCUUCAGGAGGCCUUGAAAGGGGAGAGGCUGAGUCCCAGUGAGGAUGGAGGUAGCAGUAGUUUCCUGACCCUGAACCCUGCACCAGGGGAUGGGUACCCACACUCUGCCCAGGCCUACGGUCACUCCCUGGGCUUCUACAGCAACCCCUGGGUGUCAGGGCAGGACUACAGCUCAGCCUCUCUCUGCUUCUCCCCUGGGGGUGCUAUGUACCCCUUCAACUGCUACUCCCCCAAACUACAAAACAAGAUAAAUCUCUCUCCUCCAGGUGAGUGGACAGCUCUCUUACUCUCUCCCUUUCCCUCUCUCUCUCUCUCUCUCUCUCUCUCUCUCUCUUUCUCUCUCUCUCUCUCCCUCUCCCUCUCCCUCUCCCCCUCUCUCUCUCUCUCCUCUCUCUCCUCUCCUCUCUCUCCUCUCUCUCUCCUCAUCUCUCUCUCUCUCCUCUGUCCUCUCUCUCUCUCUUCUCCCUCCCUCUCUCUCUCUCCCUCCCUCUCUCUCUCUCUCCCUCUCUCCUCCUCUCAUCUCUCUCUCUCUCUCUCUCUCUCGCUCUCGUUUCACACCAACAUUGGGCACAAGAUCUCUCUCUCUCUCGCUCUCUCACUCACUCACUCACUCACUCACUCACUCACUCACUCACUCACUCACUCACUCACUCACAUUGUUUCCCUAAAGUGAAGCGUGAUCAAUCAUAACGUCAGCUUUAUCCUGAGACAAACACAAAGUAUAGAUGAGAGCAGGGUGCACACGCAAACCUUCAGACAACAAAUGUAUGUUUGAGGACUCUUCUAGACUUCACGGGUCAAAACUAACCUCCAUCAUAGAUUCAUUAUGAUGCUGCUGUUAGACAGGUGAAUGGAAUAUGGAAAGAAGUGGCGGGCUCUCAACCACCGUGAAAAAAGGAAAAGGCGCAACGCUUGCUCACUAUUAAAAUACAUGAUUUAAUUUGAACAACUAUUUUAAAGCUUGGCGUUUCGGCCUUCAUCAAUGUUCUUCAUCAGAGUAAUGUGAACACAGGUGAAUAAAAGUCUGAAUGUGGCAGUGUGUGUAAGUCUAACGUGGUUCUCUCCCUGCUCCUGUGCCUCUGCCAGAGGCCCGUGAGUGUGUGAACUGUGGUGCGACCGCCACCCCUCUGUGGCGUCGUGACGGGACGGGACACUACCUCUGUAACGCCUGUGGCCUCUACCACAAGACGAACGGCCAGAACAGACCUCUCAACAGACCCAAGAAGAGGCUGGUACGUUAUUUACUGACAGCUGUGGAUUUACUUCUCAAAUGUUCCUCUCAAAUUUACUUCUUGAAGACAGUAAUACAAUGCAUUCCAUUCCAUUCCAUUCCAUUCCAUUCUCCUCUCCUCUCCUCUCCUCUCCUCUCCUCUCCUCUCCUCUCCUCUCCUCUCCUCUCCUCUCCUCUCCUCUCCUCUCCUCUCCUCUCCUCUCCUCUCCUCUCCUCUCCUCUCCUCUCCUCUCCUCUCCUCUCCUCUCCUCUCCUCUCCUCUCCUCUCCUCUCCUCUCCUGCUCACACUGUGAUUUCCUAAGUUAAACACAUCUCCAUUCCUCUCCCCAUGCAGCUCGUCAGUAAGCGUGCAGGGACCCAUUGCGCCAACUGUCAGACUAGCACCACCACGCUGUGGAGACGCAAUGCCAGCGGAGAGCCAGUCUGUAAUGCAUGUGGACUCUACUACAAACUACACAACGUAUGAACUGCUCUCUGAAUAGUCUCACAGCUUCUCAUUCCAUUACACUACAUAACCGCGAUUUUUGAGUCAGUUGAAUUGUUGAAAAAUAGAGAGACGUAACAUAUAAAUGUAUUAUAAGCCUUAUUAUGAGACAUUAUCAAGGCUCAUACAUGCUUAUAACAAGUCAUAAAGCAUUAUACUUUCAGGCUUCAAGUAAAGAGUUACCAAAUGCCUACUGUUAAUAUCUAGUGCUACUCUCCUCUUUUUCUCAUUGAAUCAAUACACAUACUUUCCUUUCUUGUAGGCCUAUGCUUUUCAUCCUGUCCAUUCAUCCAGGGGAGUAUUCAUACUAAUGUCGCUGUUCCUCUGUUCUCCUCUUCAGGUCAACAGACCUCUGACCAUGAAGAAGGAAGGCAUCCAGACACGGAACCGUAAGGUCUCCAGGAAGAACAACAGGGCUAAGCAGAAGACAGGUGUGUUAGAGGCUGAGCUGGGUCUCUACUCUGACUCCUCCCUGUCCAGACUCCAGUCCUCUGACCUCUCUCUGUCCAGACUCCAGUCCUCUGACCUCUCCUGUCCAGACUCCAGUCCUCUGACCCUCCCUGUCCAGACUCCAGUCCUCUGACCUCUCUCCUGUCCAGACUCCAGUCCUCUGACCUCUCCCUGUCCAGACUCCAGUCCUCUGACCUCUCCCUGUCCAGACUCCAGUCCUGACCUCUUCCCUGUACCAACUCCGUCCUCGGACUCCUCCCUUGUCCAGACUCCAGUCCUCUGACCUCUCCCUGUCCAGACUCCAGUCCUCUGACCUCUCCCUGUCCAGACUCCAGCCCUCUGACCUCUCCCUGUCCAGACUCCAGUCCUCUGACCUCCUUCCCUGUCCAGACUCCAGUCCUCUGAUGACCAUAUGA